AGGUGAUUUAAAACAUAACUUUUAAAUCAUAGAAAGUAUAUGUACUUGUAGAUUCUCCCUUAACAACAUUUGAAUGCGUCAAUCAAUAUGAGUUAAAAAAAAUACCCAUUUCCGAAUGAAUUAAGUGUAUUGACAUUGCAAUGAUUUGAAAGUAAAUAAGGAAUUGAUCAGUUAAGAGAUUCUACAUCAGCCGCCAGCAUGUCAUUGGAUUACAGAAAAUACACCUAUCGUCCAAAAAGACCAGAUACACGGUUCCGAACAAGCUAUUCACAGAUGUCCCAGUGGAUGUCAAAAACACAGAAGCAAAACAGAGGACUCCCUGAUGCCAUGCAGAUGUCGUUACCAAACGUGAUGAGAGAUUUGCGACCAGUCAACUCUAACAAUGACAUGGUAGCGUUCGGUAGUGCUCCACUCCCUGGUGCUGCCAUGGCUUCGAUAGACGAAGACGUGCCACCACAUCUUAGAUACUCACACAAUGCCGGUUAUGAUGACUACCACAAAGCAUUUAGAACUGUCAGCAACCAAUGGCCAUCCACCAGUUACCCAGUAUUCGGACCUCCAAGAUUGCGGCAAGGUAGAGCAGGGGGCAGCUGGAGACAUGUGAAAGAAGUACUUCAAGCUGGAGGCAAUAGAAUUGUCUUUGUAGAUGGUCAUAUUAGAUGGGAAGAUAAUGUAAAAAUAGAUGAAACUCCUGGUGGUCAUUUGAUACAACCUGAUGCUAGAAAUAUGAGAAUCAAGAGCAGACAAUCAUAUACUCCAGGAAGAAUUGAAGUACAACCAGCUGAUGCUCCAGAUAGACUUAACUAAGGUCUAACAACUUACCACUUAAAUAGCCGUCAAGGAAUAGAACAAAAUAAUUGGAAUGUUGUAUGAUGAUACCAGCUCAUGUUUGCAUGUUUCAAACUUUAUUUUGCAACGAAUUAUCACUUAAAUUUACAAUCUCCUAUUUGAUUCAUUUUCUGUUGUAUAACAGAGACUCUUUAAGUGUAUUUUUUCUUAAAGUAGUGACUAUUAUGCUAGAAGUAUUUCAUUUUAUAGAUGUUUGCUUAAAACUCUUACUGUCACAAUGUAUUAAUGACAUUUUUGUGCAGAUUAUUUAUUAAUAUAUGAACAAUGUGCUACAUUUGCAUUUCCAAGCCAAGUUUAAAGACCCUGUUAAUGAAAAUCCUGAAGAUAUGUAGCAAUCACAAAGUUUUCCUUAUAUCUACAUAUUUCAGAAGUAAUAAUUAUCUGUUUUCAUUGUAACUUCUGAAAAUGUCAAAUAAGCCUGGAUAAAAGAUUUCAUAUGAACAAAGACAGAUGCAAAGGUUUAUUGGUACAUGUUGGUAGGGGGUGGGUAACAAAGGAAAAAUGUUAUUAAAAUUGGCUUAUUCCUAUAAAAGGUGAAGGGAUAGGAUAGAAUGGAUGUUAUCAACCCUUUGAUCUAUAUCUAUUAUUAAAAAUAUCAGCAGAAAAUAGUAUUUUAAGGAUGUAAACACUGUAUUUAUCAAUAUAAUAAGUU